UUCCUCUUGUUUCCUGUUUCAGUAACCAUAAUUCAAGUCAAAAAUGAAGGCCACUGGCCAGCUAUUUUGCAAUUCAAUUGAACAAAAAGCAAGCAGUUAUGUUACACAAUGUGCAUAAAUUCCAGUCCUGAAGGCAUCCUCUUCCUCAGAUGAGAGUUUCUAUCUCAAUAUUCUCACCAGCCUUCUUCCUCUUUUAGUUGAAAUCGUGAUAAAAAAUAUAUAUAUGGGUUUAAACUGCUGCUCAUUCUCAAUCUCAGCCGUCUCAUGUCGUUCGAGUUUCUGUAUCUCAUGUCGUUCGAGUUCCUGUAUCUCAUGUCGUUCAUGUCGUUCGAGUUCCUGUAUCUCAUGUCGUUCAUGUCGUUCGAGUUUCUGUAUCUCAUGUCGUUCGAGUUCCUGUAUCUCAUGUCGUUCAUGUCGUUCGAGUUUCUGUAUCUCAUGUCGUUCGAGUUUCUGUAAAUUUAUUCGUCAAAAGUGCAUUGUUCGAAAGAGGCCAUGUCUAUGUAAGCUCCAAGAUAAUCUUGUUGCCCUGGAGAAGACAAACCAAAAAUUAAUUGAACGAAGACACCAUGUGAUGAAGAGUGUCAUCAAUGCUGAACAGCAACAAAUGAAACGGCUUGACGCUGUGCACGCCUGGCUUUUACGGGUUGAUGAUGUCGAAACUCGAGUCAAAAAACUGCUAAGAGAAAGAUCUCAACAAGUUCACAAAUUAUGUCUUGGAGGCUUCUGUCCCUGGAACUGCUGGUCAGGCUGCAAAUUUGGAAAACAAGUGGAUAAAUUGCUUCAAGAUGUCGUUGCAUUAACCAAUGAAGGAGAUUUUAAAGAGGUUGCUGAAAAGAUGCCAGAGUCUAAAGUGGGCUUGCAAUCAAUGGUUGAUAAAGUUUGGAGCUGCCUUCAGGAAGAACAAGUCGGGACUAUAGGCCUAUAUGGUCCUGGAGGAGUCGGCAAAACAACUUUGUUAAUUGAAAUUGCAAACAAAUUCCUCCGUAGACGGACUGAUUUCAAUGUUGUAAUUUGGGUGGAAGGGUCGAAAAACUUGCAAGUUGGAAAGAUUCAGGAAUAUAUCAGAAAAAGGAUGGGUUUGUCUGACAGAUCAUGGAAGAAUAAAAAUGUUACAGAAAAAGCUACUGAUAUUUUCAAAGCUUUAAACGGGAAGAAGUUUGCAUUAUUAAUUGAUGAUUUAUGGGAGCAAGUUGAUUUACGAGAGGUGGGUGUUCCUCUUCCAAGUCCUGGAAAUGCUUCCAAGUUGAUUUUCACAGCUCGAGAAAUGAAAAUUUGUAGCCUCAUGGAAGCUCACCAGACAUUUAAGGUGGAGUGUUUGAGUGACCAGGAAGCUUGGGAACUAUUUCAGAGUAAAGUCGGAAAAGAAACUCUGGAUAGUCAUUCUGAUGUUCCUCAACUAGCCAGAAAAGUAGCUGAAGAAUGUGGUGGUUUGCCUCUUGCACUGAUUACCAUUGGUCGAGCUAUGGCUUCCAAAAAGGAACCUAAAGACUGGAAGUAUGCAAUUCAAGUUCUCAGAAGAUCAAAUUCUGAAUUUCCAGGUAUGGAGAAGAUCUAUACUCGUGUGAAGUUCAGUUAUGAUAGCUUGCCUAAUGACAUGAUUAAAUCCUGUCUCUUAUACUGUAGUUUAUUUCCGGAAGAUUAUGGUAUUUUGAAAAGAGACUUGAUCAAUUAUUGGAUUGGCGAGGGAUUUGUGAAUGAAUCUAACAGAGAUGAAUCACUAAACAAAGGUUAUUAUAUCAUAGGCUUUCUUCUUCACACAUGUUUGUUACAAGAAGAAAAAGAAGAUAGCUCUCGUGUGAAAAUACAUGAUGUGGUUAGCGAUAUGAGUUUGCGGAUAGCCUGUGAACUUGAGAAGGAGAAGGAAAAUUUUUUGGUCCAUGCAGGAGCUGGAUUAUCCAGUAUUCCAGAUAUCAGCAAAUGGGAAGAUAUGACAAGAAUUUCCUACAUGAAUAAUCAAAUCACAGCUACUCCUGGUGGUAAUCCGAAAUGCCCUCAUCUCGAAACUUUGUUUCUUAACAAUAAUUCCAUUUUGAUGUUGAACAAUUUCCUUUUCGUAGAUAAGCCUAAUCUCAGAGUUCUAAAUUUGUCAUAUAAUCAUUCCUUGAAAAGAUUACCUGAGAAAUGUUUUUCGAAUUUAUUUAUUUUGCAACAUCUUGAUCUCUCAGCGACGGGCAUAGAAAUUUUACCAGAGGAUUUGAAAGCUUUGGUAAAUCUUAAAUACCUGAACUUAGACCGUACAUAUUUUCUCCGGAAAAUCCCUCGAGAAACUUUCUCUUGCCUUUUGAUGUUGCAAGUGUUGAGAUUGUUCAAAUGUGGUUAUUUAUGUGAAGCACAGGAAGACAGCAUUCUAUUUGGUGGUGGUGAAUCUUUGGUGGAGGAAAUGUCGAGAUUGAAAGAUUUGUAUGAACUGAGCAUCACUUUAAAAAGUUUCCAUGCUCUCCAGAAAUUUCUGAGCUCCAAUGAGUUGCAGAAAUGCACUGAAUCUCUAUGUCUUCAGGAUUUAGACGAUUCAUCCGAAUCUCUCAAUGUAUCAUCUUUGGUACAGAUAGAGCAUCUUGAAACGCUUCAUAUUUUGAAGUGUAAACAUCUGGAAGAGAUGACGAUUGAUGUUACAGGCGAAGUUCAAAAUCUCCGAGAAACUCAUGUCCAGAGUCUUCAUGUGGUGAAGAUAAAAUUUUGCCAAAAACUGAAGGACUUGACAUGGCUGAUUCUUGCUCCUAACCUGAAGAUUGUUUCGGUAUCAAACUGCUUUGAUAUGGAAGAAGUAAUCAGUGUUGAGAAAUCGAGUCAAGUGUCAGGGAUGAUCGAAAACCUGAACGUUUUUGAAAAUCUGGAAAGUCUUCGAUUAAAAAAUCUACCAAAUUUGAAGAGCAUCUAUAUGAAUUCCUUGCCUUUCCCGCGUAUGAAGGAAAUGAUUGUGCUUGGCUGUCCAAAUGUUAAGAAGCUUCCACUCGAUUCCAACAGUGGAAAGGCGCGAAAAAUUGUGAUAAAGGGAGAGGAAGAGUGGUGGAAAGAGCUGCAGUGGGAUCGAGCCAUUGAAGAUGCUUUUCUUUCAUGUUUCAUAUCUCAUUGAUGAUGAAAUUUCAGAAAGAUUUCUCGUUGUUAUUGGUUUUUUUUUUUUUUCCUCCUGGUGUGUUAUGUUUUGUAAAAGGGACAGCGGAUGUUAUCUGUUCCUGUCUUUUGUUAAUGGCGUAUCAAUUUUGGAUCCUUGGUUCUAAAA